AUGGAAAAUACGCUGCAUCUUAAUAUGUCCGUCACGGAAAAUUCCGCUGCUGUAAAUCAAUUUACCCCAGCGGGCUGCAAGGGCACCAAGGAGGAGCAGGAGGAGAGGAACACCGAGACGAACAAGGCCUCCAAAGGCAGCUGGCUGGAGACCAACAAGAAGGCUAUGAACAUCCAGCGGGCACAGGCACCCGCCACGGUGAGGCCACGAUUAACCGUGACCUUUCAUUCGUGGCGGACGCCAAUGCCCGUUGCGCUAAAUGUAAAGUGCCCGUCACGGCACCAACCUACCCCUCACGCACCCGCACGCAGCAGCAGCUCCCACCCGCACGCAGCGCCGCCGCCGCCGCACUCCCGCCGUCAGCCCGGCCGCGCCCCGUGCCCUGCGCCCCGGCCGCUCACCCAGCACCCUGCGCCCUCACCCCCUGCAGCCUGCCCCCUCACCCCCUGCGCCCUGCGCCUAGGCCGCCCCGGCCGUGCCGGCCCCGGCUGCUCCGGCCGCUCCGAACGUGUACGGACGCCGCGUGAAGCCAGGUGCCCCGGACGUGUGCGGACGUGUGCGGACGCCCCUGCCCCGGCCGCUCCUGACGUGCUGGCGGACGGAUCUCCUUCGCCGAUGUCGUCAGAGGCCUCGGCGCGGCGCGGCGCUGCCACUCCGACGCUCCUGAGGCGGCUUCCACAGCGCAAUCGCCGCUCCGACGACAGCCGACCCAGGUUGAAUUCGAACUCGCCCUUCUCGAUUUGGGAUUGGUUUGGGACGCGGGUGGGGAAGCCGUGGCUCCAUCCAUGGAGAUUCGUCGGAGGCACAGCACGCCCGUGA